AUGACCCAGUGUGCGUUCUGCGACCAGGAAUCCAAGUACACGUGUCCCAAGUGCCAGUCCAGGUACUGCUCAUUGGUGUGCUACAAGAAGCAGGAACAUCAUAACAAGCAUGAGGUGAGGGAGGAGAAGGACACCGACACCAAGGAGAAAAUCGUCAACAACACGGAGAAAAGUGGUGCAGUCUCAGAAACUACAACUCAAGAACCAAAUCACGACACAACAGGAUCGUCAACCCCCAAACUAAGCAUAUACGACCCCCUGAUCAAGGACGAGGUGAUCCAGAAACUGCUGUCAUACCAGUCAACCAAAACACAUCUCAAACACAUUGCCACGCUGCUCAAGGAUUCGAAACUGUCACGUGAGGCGACCGAAGAGGGCCGCAUGGAAAUUGCCAACCUCGGUCUGCUGGAACUGAGAGCAGGAGGAGAGAACGAAAACGAGGCCAUUGAGGAAUUCUGUCAGAGAGCGUUGGAUCUGAUGGAAGAUAAGGACAUUUAG